CCGACUGACGUACACAUAACGCAGAAACUCAAGAAAAUUCAUCGAGUUCAGUUGAUCUGGAUCAUUUUCAAAAACAAAAAAUUAAUUCAUAAGUUGUCUGAGUUUUACUUUGUUGUUAGUUUUUUUACUUCAUUUAAGUUAUCAUUUAAAAGAGUUGUGUUCAAAAUGUUUGCCGUUCGAAAUGUAGCCAAUUUAUCAAAGCAUAUGUGUAAUGCUUUGAAGCGGUCUCAAAUGAUGUACAGCACAGGCAUCACGGAAAAGGCUUCUCCACUAACGUUUCUCACCGAUGACGAAAAAAUGAUGAAAGAAACGGUGGCGAAAUUGGCCAAAGAGCAAAUUUGGCCGUUGGUCUCGAAAAUGGAUGAAGAUAAUCAAUUGGACCCAUCUGUGAUAAAGACUUUGUUUGAUAACGGACUGAUGGGCAUUGAAACACCAGUUGAAUUUGGUGGCAGUGGAUGUAACUUUAUGACAUCGAUGUUGGUCGUUGAAGAGUUAUCAAAGGUAGAUGCAUCCGUUGGAGCCUAUGUGGAUAUUCAUAAUACACUUGUAAAUAAUUUAAUGCUGAAAGUUGGUAACAAAGCACAAAAAGCAAAAUAUCUACCGAUUUUGGCGCAACAAGCUUCGGGCAGUUUUGCAUUGACUGAACCUACGUCGGGUUCGGAUGCAUUUGGUUUGAAGACAACAGCCAAACAAGAUGGAGAUUAUUAUGUGAUCAACGGUACCAAAAUGUGGAUUUCCAAUUCCGAUGUUUCGCAAGUGUUUUUAGUUAUGGCCAAUGUCGAUCCAUCAAAGGGUUACAAAGGAAUCUCGACAUUUAUCGUUGAGCGCGACACACCCGGUUUUACUGUCGGUAAAAAGGAGAAUAAAUUGGGUAUUCGUGCAUCGGGCACGUGUAUGCUUCAUUUCGAUAAUGUCCGUGUUCACAAAGAUAACAUUCUUGGUCAAAUUGGUCAUGGUUAUAAAUAUGCGGCUGCCUAUUUAAAUGAGGGGCGUGUGGGCAUUGGUGCACAGAUGCUUGGCAUUGCUCAAGGUUGUUUUGAUGCUACCAUUCCGUACCUUCUCGAGCGUAAACAGUUUGGCAAAGAAAUUUUUGAUUUUCAAUCGAUGCAACAUCAAGUGGCCACAAUCGCAACACAAAUCGAAGCCGCUCGUUUGCUCACCUAUAAUGCAGCUCGUUUGGUCGAAGCCGGUGUACCGUUCAUGAAGGAGGCUGCAAUGGCCAAAUACUAUGCAUCCGAAGUAGCCCAAACGACAACAAUCAAAUGCAUCGAUUGGAUGGGCGGUGUUGGUUUCACCAAAGAUUUCCCACAGGAGAAAUUUUAUCGUGAUUGCAAGAUCGGUUCAAUUUACGAGGGCACAACAAAUAUGCAACUGAGCACAAUUGCCAAAGCCAUUCGCAAGGAAUAUAGUGAAUAAUUCAUGUCAUAAACAAUCAUUUAUUUGAUAAUAGCUUUCAUGCAUUUAAACUCUUCUCUUUCGAACAAAAAAAAAUCACAAUAAAGAAAAUCAUAAACGAGAGUGA